UGCAGGCGAGUCUGUUCCUCGGUCUGUCUACAGAGGAAGAAAUAGACAAUCAGCUGUUCAAACCUGGUGGUUCAAACAGAGAGCGGAGCUAUGAACGAACAGAAAUGGAUUCAGGCAAUAACUCGGUUGCAGGCUCAGUGUCGUGGUUAUGUGAUGUGGAAAGGACUGAGUUUGGUUCGGACUCAGUUUGAAGAGACAGUGCGAGAGAUUGAUGGAGGAUUGGAUCACCUGCAGUGGAGAGGAAACAUAAUUCCCAAACCUCACUUCACUGACACUGAAAGCCUAUUGCUGCAGUAUGAACGCUCCAGGUUUCAGUCCCAUGACCAUCUGGAGAAUCAGGGCAGUGAGAAAUCUCUCCCACCGCCUGAAUCCAGGUACCAGAGAGAGACGAAGCUGCUGAAACAGCCAGCAGAGAUACUUCCACACCCUGUGGAUGGUAUUGUGGACAAGAGAGGAGAGAAUGUGGUCAUACAAAACCUGAUGGAUGAUUCGACUACACUCUGCAGUACCGUGAAUUCAGAUGUCAGCCACAGCAGCUUAUUUCAGACAGGACCAAAUUUGCAUUCAGUUUUUAAAGACACAGAACACACUCUUGACUCUCUGAAGCAGCAGCAGAGCACUUUAGCUAUGGAGCUGCUGUGGAUCCAGCAAGCCAUCAGUAGCAGAAAGAAAUAUUUUAACCUCAAACAGAGAAUGGAUGUGCCACACUGAUACUGGACCAGUUCUGAAGUGGGCCAACAUUUUAAGAGAUGUUUUCUCAUUAUUUCUGUAUUAUUGUAUAAUUUACAGCACAGAAUGUUUGAGAAUUGUCAUAAAUUAUAUUUAUUUAUGAGCUUCUUUUGUCUAUAAACGGGUUUGUGUUAAAGAAGAUUUUUAUUUUUGUAAAAAUGGCAUUUCAGAAAUAAAUAUAAUAUGCAAGUGAUGGAGAUGGAAGAGAGACUAAUUUUUCUGUAUAACACAAAGCCAGUACAGUUCAAUCCUAGAUGGACGUCAAAGGCUCCCACAUCCUUAU